AUGUCAGUGCAAUCAGAAUCAAGAGCGGAUGAGGAAGCUAAAUCAGAACCGGGAGAUAGUAUCUCUGUUGCAGCAAUCUCUCGGCGACGGAUCAUUUAUCGACCAUUUUCUAUAAAUUCACAAGCUUCAACAACUACCGUUACAGCAACUAUAAGGGAUACUUUAAUAGCCGUUCGAGAUGCAGUUGCUGCUUCGAUCAUGACUACUUCCUCAUCCACUCUUCCUAAAAUAUCUGCCAGUACUGCUAAUGCUACUACUGCCGAUACAGCAACCAUCAAUACUCACUCUUGUACUUCUGUUUCACCGCAGCAUACUGUUUGUUUGACCAAUCCAGAAAUGAACGUAGCUGCGCCUACCAUUGGUACCAUCAACAAAGUACCCCGUCGAUGGGAACAGUGGAACAGCUCGGAAAUCAAUGCAUUUUUCGAGGGUAUUAAAUUGUAUGGAAAAGAUUUCGAACAAAUGGCAAAAUUGAUGGCACGAAGAAAGUUGAACAAGGACAAAGAUCAAGUUCGUAAUUACUAUUUCAAUUCACUCAAAUUGCUGAGAUCAUCAACCCACAUUGAUGAAACUUUGAUGGCUGGUAUACCACGAGAUGUCAAAGAGUUGUUUAUUUUGAUUAAUGGAUUUGAGUGGAAAAGAAGAGUUUGUGGCAAGUUUGAUCAGGCCAAGUUUCAGCAGCUCGUCAUGGAAGGGUCAACGUACGAGAAGAAAAAAAAGAAAAAGCAGUUAGUGUUAGUGCGUACACCAGUUUGUCCUUCUCUGCAGAAAUUUUUUCCAAGCUGUAGCUCGUCACCAUUACCAUCACAUAUUUUUAUAUGUCUUAUGCCGAAAACUGAAGCUGACCGUUAUUUUGUUGAACAACGUGGACAAAAUCCUUUGAUUAGGAUCAGGGUCGCUAUUGGCGAUCAACUCAGUCGCAUUUUUUCAUUUCUAAAAAUAAAAUGGAAUUUACGGAUGCAAAAAUUGCUUGGAGCCAUGUCGAAGGAAGAAGAGCAAGUAAGGCUGGUACUGUAUCCGGACAAGACAACCCGUGUGGGCAAAAUAAUUGUAAAUCUGUUGAUAAGAGAACUUCAGCGAACAGGAACCAUUGAACAAAGUAAUGAGUCAUCUAAACGCAAAGGUGCAACUGCUGGCGAAGAGACAUCCGAAGAUGUACAAAUGUCCAGCACCACAGAAGAUGAUGAUGAUGGACCAUUUACAAUCAACGCAAACAAAUUGCGAAAUGGACUUACUGAAAAAAAUGUUCUUAAAGCUACUGUGACCGAGCUAUAUUAUUUGUGUGGCAAAGAGUCUGAAAUCAAGCUUGUUUAUUCAACGGGAAUGAAGCGAAUGGGCGACCCCGAGCCAUGGCGUAUUUUUCUUCAUCUUCUAGAUCGUGGUUAUGGUGACAGUCUUUGUAAGUCUCUCGCUGAUCCCCAAAAAAAAGCGGAGUCGGAUGAAUUUAUAGAACAAAAAUGGCAAGAAAGGAUUAGAAAAAGAUAUAAGUCAGCAAAUAAUUUUACGGAACAAUCAUCUGGCCGUCUAACUACACCGACUGAGGUGAUGGAAACAAAUGAAGCUGCUGCACAUGAAAUGGUAGAAGCAGAAAAUAGCGCUUUUAUGCAACAGCUUGAAAGUUUGAGAGUGAAAAAGCGUGCUCGUCCUUUUCACCAGCGUUUUCCUGGCAAGAAUAAUGGGAUUGUACAAACAGUUGCGUUGAAUCCGCCAUCAGUUCAUCAACCUAUAACAACUACAUGUUAUCAGUUGGCUGAUCCCGUUUUUGGGUCUCAGAAUGAACGAUCAGGCACAGUGCAGUCUGAUCAGUUUGCUUUUUCUGCUGGUGAUGUAGCGGGAUCCAGCGCUGUUGCUGGUAAAAUAAGAUCCCGCGAUAGUACUGGUAGAAUGUGGUCUGAUGUAGGUAUUUCUGGUGGAUUUAAGUCGGAUGAUAAUUCUGAUGGAAUAAGGGCAGGAAGUGGUUACUUUCUACAGGAAACCAACGCUUCACCACUAGUUCAUCAUGUUGCGGAAACAAGAUAUCAGUUGGUUAAUCCCGUAUUUGUGGCUCACAAAGUAGCAACAUCGACAUCAUCAGUGCAGUUUAUUCCUUCAUCCGGCAGUAAUGCUGAUGGAGUUGGACAAAGUGUUAGUAAUUUCGUUCAAGACACCAGUGUUCCGAUGUGUCCUACACAAGAAAUGGCAGCAGUACGAUAUCAGAUUGCCAAUCCUGUAUUUAUGUCCGAAAAUGCUCAAUCAACACGAGGGCAAUUUGUACUUCCUGUUUCUAAUACAGUUGGUUCCGAUAAUGAGCAUUUUAUCGGAGGCGACAACGUGAUAACACCAGAAGUAGGUGCUAUGGAACCGAGUAGAGACUGUGGUGUCAGUGAUCGUGGUAGUAUGCCUUCAUCACCAGUGAAGGAAAGCAGCCUUCUAAGGGAAUUGCAUAGUGCACCGUCAAUGGAUAAGUCGAUAGAGGUGAUGCUACAGGAAAAUAGCACUGAAUGUUAUCGUUUCGUUGAGCAGUUUGCUUCAACUAUGAAUUCUCGAUCGAAUGUCGUUAGCAAUGCAAUUAAUGCAGAAAACGAAAUAACCCGCAUCGCACAACAGCUUGCCCAGUCUGCGAAUGAUGCAUUCAAGUCUGUCGAUGAUAGUAGUGGUAGAAUGAGAUCUGAUGAUAAUAAUAGUUCAGCAAUCUCUGUUGAUACGAGCGUAACUAGGUCCGUUGACACCGGUAUUGUCGAAAUUAAGUCCAGUGAUAAAGAGUAA